AUGCCCCUCUACCGUCUGGAUGGAGGAGGCUUCUGUCUACUUCAAUCUAUGUACCCCGUAGAGUCCGUCCACUACCGGUAUCUGGAGGGGGGGCGUGAAGAACUCACCGCUUCUGACGACAGACAUCUCAUCGAGUGGAUCGGGCUCCUAGCCAAGUAUCUGCCGGAAAAGUACCUGAAAGGUUUGGCCCCAUUGAGUGAUCUUCGAAGACAGGGAGAUGAUAAUGCAGAUGAAACCUCAGAAGAUGGGGAGGAUGAUGACGACGGCACUAUCCAGGGCAACGAGCAGAAGAACGCGUUCAAUUUGGACGCGGUUGUUGGGCCGCCUCCCGGACGCGAGUCGACCGCUCACAAGAAAUCUCGCCAUGUUUCGGGCCCCGCCCAUGGAAACAGUGAUCCCUUAGGCGAGUACGACGUCCAGCCCGCUCACGGGCGUUCUUUCUCCGUCGAAGGCGAAUCUAAGGUUUACCAUGACAUAGGAGUCGACGAGAAAUUGCAUGGCGAAUAUGAUGGAAACGCGAUCCUCGAACCGAACGGGGACGACGAACAGGAGGCGGUAGCGCAGCUCACUGGGGAGGGAGUCAACUCCUCGACAUCUUCUGCAAGCCGUAUUGCUCAGGCUUAUCAAGACGAAAGGUAA